AUGGGAGAUCACGCGCAACAGCUGCAGGCGUUCCCCCAGAGCACUUGCGUUAGAGUAGAGUUUUUAGGAGCCAAAAGAGGUAGGGGUCUCGUGGCUUCAGAGUCGAUUGGCACGGCGGAGGUCAUCUACACUGAGGAUAGCCCACUGCUCGUUGUGCAGCACGAGUUUUCCCGGCUCUGCGGCUUGACAUGCAGCAACUGCCUCUGCUUUGUAGGCUCCCUUAAGGACGCUAUACGUCAUAUCCUCACCAACUCUGGAAACCUUUCCUCUGUCGCGCGUCUGAACACGCUUCCGGAUGCCUUUCUCGAAAAGCAUAGGCUGGUGCUUGGGCCAGUAGUGCCUUGUGGGGAGCCUGGAUGCGAGGCAGUCUUCUGCUCAGAAGCGUGUCGGCAGCAUGCCCGACGCGACACGCUUCAUCGGAUGUUGUGCGUUGAUGCAAAGGAGUCUCGACACUGGCGCGCCUUCCUGGCUCACGCAAGACGCCACCACGAUGGCCUUGUUAUGGCAGGCCUCUGCGUAGCACAGGUGUUGUUCGAAGUGCGCUUCAAGGGGCGCUGCCUUCCAGAAAUCCUUCAGUCUUUUCUGCAAUUCCAUUCAGCACCUUGGGAGUCUCUCGCUCCUACCAUCGCUUCCACGGGUGAGGCUCCCAAGGACGGCAGGAGGCAUCUUCACACAGACACAGCAGAGGGUCGAGUUGCCCUCCUUCAAGAGUCUCUCGCCCUCCUGAAGGAAGCUCUCUAUCCGUUUGUGCAGCCGACUCCACUUGAGAAUCCCCCUGAUAUUCUAAGCACAGAAAAAGCCAAAAAAGACGCGUCCUUUGCACGCUUGUUCGAGCUGAACUUUUAUUCGCACUUGAUGGGGUGUUUUGCUCUUGUCUGCUUGGAUGUGGAGUAUGUACACCCCCUCAAUCGCCGACUCGAGGCUUUUUAUAGAAAUGUUUUAGGAACAGCGAGUUCGCCUCUGGACAGCUUUUGGGGGCUUCAGCCUGACGCGCCUCAGUCGAGUGUCUCGUCAGAGGAGCGUUUGGAGAAGAAGGCGCAAGAGGCUGCCGAGGCUGACGCGGUAGAAGUCUUGAAAGGGCUGCUGCGGGAUGUGUAUGUUGUCACGCGGUGGAACGAGGAAGAGACACUCGACGCAUUCGAGGCAGGAGUCUCGCAAGGGUCAGACGCCUUGCGGGAAGACUUUCGCGGCGCUCCCCUGCUCCCCUUCAUUGGUGCGGGAUUGUUCGCUUUCGGCUCGCUCACGAAUCACAGCUGCUGGCCGAAUGCAGAGGCGGAUUUCCCCCUGCCCAAGCCUUCUCUGGAGGUGCGUGCCUUGCGCCCCAUCGCGGAAGGCGAGGAAGUGGUGAUUUCGUACAUCGACGAAAGCCUCUCCCUGCACGAACGCCAGAAGAUCCUGCAGACAAAUUACGGCUUUUCAUGCACCUGUCCGCGAUGCGUCGUGGAGGCAACUGAGGCGCUGCUGGUACUCAUGAAGGCUCCCGAAUGUGCAGAUGGAGCCCAGCUGGAAGAUCUCCUUGCCCGCCGAACUGGCAUCCCCGUGGGAGUGGUCAGCGAAAUAAGGGCGUGGGUGCCUCAGGAGCAAGUCGCAUGUCGCAUGUCGAUACACCCCCGACGUUAUAUGCAUGCAGGGCCUGCUAUACAGCCAGGGUUUUAG